CCCUUCCAUUGUCCGUCUUGCAGCGCAUUGGUGAAAGAUCACCCCUGCGGUGCGCCACCGACGCCCCAACAGCUCGAGGACGGGUUCGUUUGUCUCGCGGAGGUCGCCCACAUCUGCCCGACCUGCGACAUGGAAGGCACGCGCCAAUGCGCGCAGCCUGCGCGCGAGUACCGCUGCCCCCAGCCGUGCCGCAAAAAGCUACCCUUCUGUGGACACCCGUGUACGCGCGCGUGCGGGCUUCCCUGUCCGCGAGACUUAAUCGAG